AUGAUACAUGGCAUCUCUAGGGCAAUCUACAGCUGGUUCCGCCCAGCAAUAGAUGCCAUCUUCUGCUGGGACUUGCCAUGGUCCUACCGGUGGCGCCUCCUGGCCCUGCAGCCCCUGUCGCUGAUCACAUACGCCAUUGCCGCGACUCCAUAUCUCCUCUCCCGCCCGUUCAAUGUGGAGUGGCUGCCCAUAUCACCCGAUCUCUCCAUCCGCGUCCUAGUCUUCAAGUCCCGGUCUCCCGCCGGCGGUGAGUCCCGCCUUCGGCCCCUCCACCUGCAUGUCCACGGCGGCGCUUUCGUCGGCGGUCUCCCGGAAGGCGAUGCCGAAUUUUGCAACUGGAUCGCCCGCGAUACCGGCGCCGUCGUCAUCUCGUCAACCUAUCGCUACGCGCCGAGGCACCGAUUUCCCGCAGCCAUCGACGACAUCGACGCUGUGGUCGCGUACUUGCAAGAACACGCCGCGGACCGAUACGGCGCAGACCCCUCGCUCAUGACCGUAAGCGGCUUCUCGGCCGGCGGGAACCUAUCGCUGGCCACGUCGCUGUCGGUGCCCGGGAAGGUGAAGGCCGCUGUCGCGUUCUACGGGGUCAUGGAUCUCCGCCUGGCGCCGCAGGACAAACCGAAGCCGGAGGGGUUUCCGGCAAAGGACCCUUUCGCCUUCCUGUAUCCCCUCUAUGACUCGUAUGCUGGGCCGGUAAGGGGAGAAAAUAUGCUCAACCCUAGGAUGAGUCCGAUUCUCGGCAAGCUGGAGGACCUGCCCGAGAAUAUACUUCUUGUCGUCCCAGGGAUUGAUAUCCUAGUCCAUGAGCAGACGACUUUCAUCGAACGACUGAAGGAGGACGCGGCCCGGGAUCCAGAACAAUCUCGACGGAGACUCGAAGUGUUGUAUGACGAGAAAGGGUUCCACGGUUAUCUUGAAUUGCCAUCCAGCGUAACCCCCCAGACCAAGAAGGACUGGGCUUUCGGUCACGGGGUCCAGUUCAUCAAGGAUGCUUUAAGAAAUCACGGUUGGGAAUGGCAAUGA